CUUCUUCAUUCCAUCCUCAACCAAACAGAACUACUUCAUCAUUACUGCUUUCAUUUCUUCUUUCUUUAAUUUUCUUCUUCACAAAACAGUUUGAAUUAUAAUAAUGGCGAAUUCUAGGCUUGCAAGGUUGUUCAUGGAGGUUGCACCACCACAGUAUGUUACCGUGAUGAGGCACAGAACAAGAAAGAUGUUGGACACAAUCACUGAAGAGGAGAGGGAAACUAGUAGCUCUAGUGAUUCUUCAUCUGCCGCUUCUUCCCCUAAAGGCUCUUCACCAUUAUCACCAUCAUCAUCACCUGCUGCUGCAGCAAUUGCGAGUGCUAACAACAAUGGAAAGUACUUCCUGAAGGAAGUUCACAGAUCCCUCUCAAUUUUGAAUCACUGAUGAUGGUGGCAGUUGGUUAUCAUUCAUAAUGACGAGUCACUGCAACAAAUUGAUGAAGCUGCUACUAGUUAUUUUUAUUCUAUUGUGUUAUGUUGUGUUCUGGUCCUGCUUAAUUAGGUAGUUGAGUUGAGUUGUUAAAAUGAAACUGUAUCCUGUUCAAUGGUUUAUUUGGAUGAACAAGAGAUGCCGUGUGUGUACUGUAAAGAGAGAGAGAGAAAGAGGUUGCUGUUUCUGCGCUUAUUGUUAUUGUUUGCCACGCUGUACAGGAUCUUAACUCAUCUAUAUUAUGUUUCUUGGCAAUGAA